AGUCGGUAUUCGCAGGGCGUUGGUUGUUUAGAGAGAUGUCACCAUGGCUGACAGAAUUGGUGGACAGCACGGUCAUCAAAAUGAGAAAAAAAUCAGGUUUAGAACUAGCUCUCGAGUUGUUUACAACAACGAAAAUAAAGUAGAGGACUUGUUUAAUGAAGCGGACUUAAAGAACAGUUGGGACAGGCAAGACAUUCUGCGUGACCAAGAAAAUCCUCGGUCGAAGAUAGAUUUCCAGAGAAGACCGUCACUUUUAGAGUUUCUUCGGGUAGAGUUAACGCGAAGCUAUCUUCUUGAACAUGAUGAAGAGCGUUACUCUGCUCGUCGUGAAAAGGUUUAUUCCUUUAUGAAAAUACCCAGGGAGGUAGAAAAGUUUAUGACAUAUGGAUUCUUCCAGUGCGCUGAUUCUUUCCUGUUUGUUUAUACUUUCCUGCCCAUGCGAUUUAUUAUGGCUUUCCUCUCUCUUAUCACAAGGCCAUUGCGUGCUUGCUUUGGAGGGUCAAGACAAAUUAGAACCAGAAGCAUUUUGGCUCCAGCUGAAAUAUGUGACCUUCUGAAGGCUUGCAUCUUAAUAAGCUGCAGUAUGCUUAUGUUCUACAUUGAUACAAGUAUGAUGUACCAUCUAAUUAAGAGCCAAUCUGUCAUAAAAUUAUAUAUUUUCUACAAUAUGUUAGAGGUUGGCGAUCGUCUUUUCUCUGCCUUUGGACAGGACACAAUUGAUGCUUUAUUCUGGACAGCCACAGAACCAAGGGAUCGUAGAAGAGAACACCUUGGAGUUAUACCUCAUCUAUUUUUUGCAGUUGCAUAUGUCUUUCUCCAUAGCCUCCUUGUUCUCUGCCAGGCCACAACGCUUAAUGUUGCCAUAAAUUCCAACAACAAAGCUCUUUUAACCAUUAUGAUGUCUAAUAAUUUUGUCGAACUUAAAGGCAGUGUCUUUAAGAAAUUUGACAAGAACAAUCUUUUCCAAGUGUCUUGUAGCGAUGUUCGGGAAAGAUUUCAUCUUUUUGUUCUUUUAUUCAUCGUAGUACUACAGACCAUGAGGGAAUACUCUUGGAAAGAAGAACGGUUGUGGGUACUUGUACCUGAUUGCCUGAUGGUGUUGGUAGCUGAGGUUCUCGUUGAUUGGAUCAAGCAUGCUUUCAUCACACGCUUUAAUGAACUCAAGGUUGAUGUUUACCGUGAUUACACCAUCAGUCUUGCCUAUGAUAUGGCUCAAACUAGACAAAAGCAUGCAUUUUCGGACCACUCUGAUCUAGUUGCACGUCGAAUGGGGUUCAUACCCCUACCCCUUGGAGUAGUCAUGGUUCGUGUCUUAGCUCAGGCCCUAAAUAUCGAAUCAGCUGCCUCAAUUUGCCUGUUUGUGCUUGGCUAUUUAUGUGUGACAUCAUUCAGGAUUUUAAUAUCUGUAGUUAUACUUGGCAAAGCCUGUGAUUUAAUCAAUCAGCACCGACUUGACAAGGCACAACGGGCCGGGGACAUGACGCCUCCCUGGAAUCGUGCAAGUAGCCCAACUAGUCAUAGUCAUGCUGCAAAUGGAGGUCGGGAUAGAUCAGUAGUCCGACAACUUGUUCUGACCCCUAUAACUCCAAGCCAGUCCAUACCAUCAACUCCAGCACCCCUUUCACCAGAAACUUAUCAUUCACCAAUGCAAACAAGUCGAAUUGAGAAACCUAUUCAAGAACCAGCAAGAAAAGUUUCAAAUGUAGAUACUAAUGCAACAAACUUGGGACCUGCUGCUAUCUUCUCUAACAGUGCUGUUGAUAUCAGCAAUGUGUGCCUGAAUGCAGAACUAAUAGAUGAUAGACCUUCCCUUGGCAUGAAACCUAUUUCCGAAACAGAGGCUUUGACAAGAAGUGAACCAAAUGUUAACAAAGAGGAGGAAAAUGAAGAUGAUUCUCCAUUAGACAACCCUCUUAAUGAUUCCCUUGCCAGACGAGCUGAGUCUGAACCAUCAAUACCAUUAGCAAUUGAGGCAGAUGAGGCUCCAUCAAUUACUGCUCCUACUAUGACAAGUGCUUGCCAACCUGAUACAUCCACCUGCUAAUUUUGCCUGCAUUAAAUUGUACCAAUUUACAGCUAAGCUAGGUUUCUUCUUUUUCGCACAUUUUCCUUAGCUAUAAGUUGUAAAUUUCUGACCCAACAUGUUUCAUUGAGCCCUUUGAUUGCUUGUGACUGUUGCCUUGCUUUUCUUCAUUCAGUUUCUUCUACUCCAGGGACGAAAGUAAAAGAAGACAUCAGGGGCAGGGGCCAAAAAAAUAAUUGAGUUUCUUAAUUUGUUACAAUUUGACUGUGAUCAUAAAGUUGUUGUAAGAUUGAUAUCUUUCAUAGAAGUGUAAGUGAUUAAAUUCAACCCUAAACCAUUUUCUAAACUUUGUGGUAAUAAGGUAGGAAAAGAGGUGUUCUCAGACUAAUUUAUUUUUUAAUAAUUAACCUCUAACAUAUUUCUAGGUAUGAUCUCUUUAGGCUUCCGCUGCCAUUUAAAUUAACAAACUACUGUGUAUUUUUGUAUUAGUUAAAAUACAGUAGUGUACAAACCAAUCUUGCAAUUAAGGAUUUCAACAUGUUUGGUGUGUGGUAGAACGACAUACCAACACUUAUGUGUCGGUUUAUUGGCUAGUCAUGAGCUGUAGCUAUCUGAGUCCAACCACUGCUUCUUGAUGUUUUACCAAAACAAAUAAAAUGAUAAAAAUAA